GGGCGUGGCCGGGGCGGGCGAGCCGCGCGCUCUCGCCUCGGGAGGGAGUCACAGGUCCGGCACACGCGAGGGCCGGGCGCGCGCAGCCGGCACGCGGGUGAAAGUCCUCGGAGGCGCGGCGGGCGGUGCGUAGGCACAGGCUCUGCUGCAGGAGCCGCGGCCCGCACCCGCUCCAGCGCCCGCUGCCGUCAGUGGCCCCAGGCCCGCCGUGUACCCCUGCGCACUGAGGUCCCCACCGGCCCUCGCCAGCCCCCGCGCAGCGUGCGAUGGCCCCGCGCAAGAAUGCCAAGGGCGGCGGCGGCAAUAGCAGCAGCAGUGGCUCCGGCAGCGGCAGCACGAGCGCGGGCAGCAGCGGAGGCAGCAGCAGCCCCGGGCCCCGGAGAGAGACAAAACAUGGAGGACACAAGAACGGGAAGAAAGGAGGACUUUCUGGAAGUUCAUUCUUCACAUGGUUUAUGGUCAUCGCAUUGCUGGGAGUCUGGACAUCAGUAGCUGUUGUUUGGUUUGAUCUUGUUGAUUAUGAGGAGGUUCUAGGAAAACUAGGAAUCUAUGAUGCUGAUGGUGAUGGAGAUUUUGAUGUGGACGAUGCCAAAGUUUUAUUAGGACUUAAAGAAAGAUCUGCUUCAGAGCCAACAGUCGCACCAGAAGAGGCCGAGCCAUAUGCUGACCCGGUGGAGGCUCCCGUGAGGGCAGAACCCCGGUAUAUCGAAGAUGAAAUAACAGAACAAAUUCAGCCCCUUCUCCAUGAAAUGGUAUACACAGAACAUGUUGAAGAAGACCUGCAGCAACAAGAGGGUGGACCAGCUGGAGAACCACAACCAGAGGAUAACGAUUUCCUUACAGCGACUGAUGUAGAUGAUCAGUUUGAGACCCUGGAACCUGAAACGUUUCAUGAAGAAACUGUGGAGAAUUACCAUGUGGAAGAGACAGUUUCACAGGACUAUAAUCAGGAUAUGGAAGAGAUGAUGUAUGAACAGGAAAAUCCAGAUUCCAGUGAACCAGUAGUAGAUGAUGAAAGAUUGCACCAUGAUGCAGAUGGCGUAACAUACCAAGACUAUGAUGAACAAGUAUAUGAACCUUCAGAAAACGAACCUUUGGAAAAUGAACCUUCAGAAAAUGAAGUGACAGAAAUCUCAGAUAAUGCUGUAGAAGAUUCAAACGUAAUUUCAGAAGAAGUAAGUGUUCCCCCUGUAGAAGAACACCAGGAAGUACCACCAGAAACAAAUAAAAAAAUGGAUGAUCCAGAACCAAAAGAGAAAGUUAAGAAAAAGAAGCCUAAACUUUUAAACAAAUUUGAUAAGACUAUUAAGGCUGAACUCGAUGCUGCAGAGAAACUCCGUAAAAGGGGAAAAAUUGAGGAAGCAGUGAAUGCAUUUAAAGAACUAGUACGCAAAUACCCUCAGAGUCCGCGAGCAAGAUAUGGAAUGGCACAGUGUGAAGAUGAUUUGGCUGAGAAGAGAAGGAGCAAUGAGCUGCUGCGCAGGGCCAUUGAGACCUACCAAGAGGUGGCCAGCCUGCCCGAUGUCCCCACGGACCUGCUGAAGCUGAGUUUGAAGCGGCGCUCGGACAGACAGCAAUUUCUAGGUCAUAUGCGAGGUUCCCUGCUCACCCUGCAGAGAUUAGUUCAACUAUUUCCCAAUGAUACUUCCUUAAAGAAUGACCUUGGAGUGGGAUACCUCUUGAUAGGAGAUAAUGACAAUGCCAAGAAGGUUUAUGAAGAGGUUCUUAGUGUGACACCUGAUGAUGGCUUUGCUAAAGUCCAUUACGGCUUCAUCCUGAAGGCACAGAACAAGAUUGCAGAGAGCAUUCCCUAUUUAAAGGAAGGAAUAGAAUCUGGGGCUCCUGGAACCGAUGAUGGGAGAUUUUAUUUCCACCUGGGAGAUGCCAUGCAGAGGGUUGGGAACAAAGAGGCAUAUAAGUGGUAUGAGCUUGGGCACAAGAGAGGACAUUUUGCGUCUGUCUGGCAGCGCUCGCUCUACAACGUGAAUGGACUAAAAGCUCAACCCUGGUGGACCCCAAGAGAAACCGGCUACACAGAUUUAGUAAAGUCCUUAGAACGAAACUGGAAGUUAAUCCGAGAUGAAGGCCUUGCAGUGAUGGAUAAAGCCAAAGGCCUCUUCCUGCCUGAGGAUGAAAACCUGAGGGAGAAGGGAGACUGGAGCCAGUUUACACUGUGGCAGCAAGGAAGAAAAAAUGAAAAUGCCUGUAAGGGAGCUCCUAAAACCUGUACUCUACUGGAAAAGUUCCCCGAGACUACAGGAUGCAGAAGAGGACAGAUCAAAUAUUCCAUCAUGCACCCUGGAACUCAUGUGUGGCCUCACACGGGGCCCACAAACUGCAGGCUCCGAAUGCACCUGGGCUUGGUGAUUCCCAAGGAAGGCUGCAAGAUCCGAUGUGCCAACGAGACCAAGACCUGGGAGGAAGGCAAGGUGCUCAUCUUUGACGACUCCUUUGAGCACGAGGUGUGGCAGGACGCUUCAUCUUUCCGGCUUAUAUUCAUCGUGGAUGUGUGGCACCCAGAGCUGACAUCCCAGCAGAGACGCAGUCUUCCUGCAAUUUAGCAGGAAACUCAUGCAAACUUGGAACACUGGAGAGAGGCUGCGUUUCUGGCUCCAUCUCCUUGGGCGUGAGGAUAGAAGUUCAAACACCAAGGCUCUUAAUUUCUUUGACUUGCAGCCUGAAAAAUUCUAAGCCUCCUCCUAGGGUUAGAAGACACUAAAGGAAAUAUUUGCAUUACCGCAAUUCAUUUAGAAAACACCCUGCUGUGUUUCAUCCCAUGACAGCACUGGUCUUAUGCCCGUAUUUAAGGUGAACAUUUGAUUGCUUCCACCUUGCCAGCCAAAGAUAUUUUUUUGACAUAGAAUAGGUCUAAAUCAGUGUACAGUGAGAAUAUAUGUGGAAACUGUGAAUGGAUUGCUUUAGUUUGUAAUUUUUGUAACUGUCUAGGCAGUUAUAUUUUUCUAGGGUAGCUAGACUAGUCUGUCAUCUGUACCACUACUUUUUUGUUGAUUUUAAUGACAAGCUGUGUAAAUGCUUUACCUCUUGCUGUUUAAUGGUAAUAUUCCUGGUGAACUCAGACUUCCCUCUUUUAAUUCUUUUCAGUAAAAGACACUCAUGAAAAAAGCAAUUUUAUUUUCCUA